AAAUAGGCGUACACUUAAAACAAAUCCAGCAGAAUCAAUGCUAUAUUUUUUUGCACGCUGGAUUUGAUCAUUUGACUCUACCUUUUAAAAUACAUUGGUCAGUGGUAAAAGGUAGGUAUGCCCAGAGGCCUAAUAAAAAUUAUGGUAUAAUCAAUCAUUUGACGCCAAACUUUACUAUCAAACAAAUUUCAGGGCUACCUGGUCCUGGCUACCUCAAACAGAAAAUUAUUAGUAUUAUUAGGCUUAGGAAGUGAGUGAUCAGUGAUAGUGAUACCUAGUAUCAUUUGAAUCAUAGUCAUAGUAUCAAAAUCCGUAUCAUCAUUCUUAGUCCAUACUGAUAACUGAUAGUAGUAACUGAGUAGUAAGUCUGAUUUGAUAAUUGAUAGUAUUAAUUUUAGUCAAUUAGAAUUAAGUAGUGUAUUAUUCAAAUUAUUGAGUAUCAGUAUAGUUAAUAGUUUUACCUAGUUUUAGUAGUAUAGUAUAGGCAUAGGCCUAAUAGUAAUAGUCUAUUAGUAAUAGUAUUACUAGUAUAGGCGGUAAAUUCAGAGAACGCGGUCCGCGUUUAUUUCCAUGCGCGCACUUUUACGUCUUAAAUCGAUCCCUAUGCCUAACCUGAACCUGAACCCUAAAUCGAUUCCUAUGCCUAACCCGAACCCUAAAUCUAUCCCUAUGCCUAACCUUAACAAAGUCAACGUGGGCUGCUAAAUCUGAAACAGCUGUAUAGGCAUAUCUAAAUUUGUAGUCGUAGAUAAAUUUGUAGUUGUUGUCAAUAUUGUCAUUGUUGCAUGGCAGUGUCUACACAUCCGGCGCGCCGGACGUAUAUCUCCCACACUAUUUGUCCGGCGACCAAGUCACAUGACCGCCGUAACAAAGUGGCGAGAGAUAUCUUGUCGGUCAGCCUUGUCACGUGACUGCGAAUGAUUCAAAACUAUUGUUAAUUUUAAAAUCUAUGUCUCUACCAAGUAAUGUACUGAGUAUCUUGAAUGCAAAUAAUAGAAAAAAACUUAAGUGAAAGUGGCUUGUAAACAUUUUUGUUUAGUUUGUUAUUUGAGUUUGUGUACCAGUAAUCCAUAAAAUAAAUUAGGGGCCAGUAUGGAGUAGGUAACCAAUAAAAGUAAAAGAUUUCAUUUUAAAUUGUUUCAAUUGCUACAAGAUAUUUAAAAACUUCUCAUGAAACUACUAUUGCAGAUGAACAUGAUAAUAUAAAUAUAGCAUAAAAUAUUUUUAAUUAAAAUGGGGAAAAAAAACGAUCCUAUGCCAGGUAUUGAUCCUCAAAUCAUAAUGUCAUGCGACCACUCUACCACAAGACCACACAAUAUCUGCCAAAUAUCACUUCGUUCAGAAUAAUAACAACUACAAGCCGUCCGGCGGUCACGUGAUAUGCCGCCGGACGUAUAUCUCGCACACUAUUUGUCCGCGGACGUGUAGACACUUCGUUGUUGCAUAGGUUGUACCAUAGCCAUAGACUAUACUAUACUAUAGACUGUACUGUAGAUAAAUUAUUAAAUUUGUUGUUAUUGAUAAUAUUGAUUGAAUUAUUGACUUGUUAGGACAGUUAGUUGAAUGAAGUUAAUUCACUUAGUUAUUCAAGACUAACAACUAGGGGUGGCAAAACCGGCCGGUCCGUUUUACCAAGCCAAAACCGGUAUUUUCGAUAUUGAAGUUUCCGAAUACCGGAAUCCCGGGAUUUUCGAUAUUGUCAAUAUUUAGAGAAUUUUGUGUUGAGAUUAGAGGUGAUGAUUUAUUAAUGAAAAUAAAAACAAUAAAAAAGAAAUAGCAUUUUGAUUAUUAACAAUUAAUAACACAAAUGUCAAACUUCAGACAUUAUAAAAUAUUAAAAUAAUUUGUGUAGCUUUAAUCUUUGGUCAAAUUCAAAUAGUGAGAUCGUAAAAAUGACAACCUGUUUAAUGUUUGAUCCCUUAACUUUGAGCGCAAAUGGUAACAAAAGUAACUAGAUGACAAGAACUUCUGCUCAGACUCAGCAAUACCAAACUGAUGUCUACGUUUCCGAUAGUUUGAUACGCUUUUUAUAAUUUGGUUUAUUUUAUUCAGCGUGCCCCAUUUCUUUCUAUCAACAUGAAGGGAAAAUAGAUCAUUAACAAACAUUUACGGUAUUUAUUAAAUCUAUUUGAUUUGAGGUGUGCAACUUAAAAAAAAAAAUGUUUAAAUUUUCAUGUAAAUGUUUGGCUAAGUAUGGUUUAGUCAAACUGGGACAUUCAGCCUGAGCUGAAAAUAUCGUAAAUCAAUUAUGAUCUGAAUGUGAAUUAUUAAUACCGGUCUACAGAAAACACAUGUAAUUAUGCAAGAAGCACCGUCCCCUCCAAUCAUAUCUAUUGAGGGUCAUAAUCUUUCGGUUGUUAAUCAUUUCACAUACCGAACCUGGGAUCCAAUAUUUCUAGUUCUCUCUACGUUGAUGAAAAGAUAAAUAUCAGGAUAGCAAAAGCAGCAGCAACUAUGGCUAAACUGAAUAAGCGUGUGUGGAAUAAUCUCACUCUAACUGAUAAAACAAAAAUAAGUGUCUAUCAUGCAUGUGUGCUUAGCACUCGUAUAUGGUUGCGAAGUGUAUACCACAUAUACCAGUCGGGAGCGGAAACUCAACAGCUUCCAUUAAAGAUGUCUGCGUUGCAUUUUACGCAUUCGUUGGCAGGACAAGGCGCCUAACGAGGUUUUGGAACGUGCACACAUAUUUAGCAUAUUCUCCUUACUCAUCAAGAGGCGCCUUCGCUGGUUAGGCCAUGUAAGGAGAAUGGAGGAAGGACGUAUCCCAAAGAUGAUGCUGUAUGGAGAGUUGGCAGAAGGGACAAGACAUUUUGGGCGACCAGGCCUGAGAUUUAUUGACGUUUGCAAAAGAAGCAUGAGGGAAGCCAAUAUUGAAAAAAACGAAUGGGAGUUCAUUGCCGAACCAUGCCCCAACUGGCGAACAGCAGUGUUUGAAGGCGUAAAAAAGGCAGGAAAAUAGUUGAAAUGAGGCCCUUGAAGCAAAAAGAACAAUUCAAAAAUCAAGAUGUCACCGUUUGGAAUCAAUAUUUUCCUGCGAGAGAUGCGGCCGUGAUUGCCACUCUAGGAUUGGCCUAGUGAGCCACGCUUCAUAGUGUAGAACUAUAUAGCUACUCCAUCGUCUUACGAAGAUGGAAGGAUGCCAUAUAUAUUGUUUUCACAAAUUAGAAGUAACAUACUUUUUCUAUAUCUUAAACUUAAGGUAUUAGAUUAUCAAAAUAUGGAUUUACUCAUAAUUUUAAAUAUGUAGAUACUUUGGCAUAAUUAAAAGAAAUCAAGCAAUUAAACAUUUUUUGUUAUUCAAAGUUUACCCUGUGAUUCGAAUGCAGCGUGUUAAUAUUUCCAUUUAUUUCAUGUUACAAACAAAUUGUUAAUGUAAGUCAACAUUCUAUCUUCAUUCGAUUAUACCAAUCAUUUAUUUGUUGUUAAUAUCAAAACAUUUACUUUCCAAUCAUGUAAGUCACAUCGCAACUCACUUCUCCACUUAUUACACACUACACAUGCACUAUGUAAAAACAAAACUAAUCACAACACUGUGAUAGUUGACAAAUGAACAGUACACAGGUUUAGCCUGUCGGCCAGCUAUCUUUGUACUUGAUACUCAUGGUGUGAGGGGUUCGCACUUCGCACAUUACAUAAAAUAUUGAUAUGUCUUGCUUUAACUACGACAUGGAAACUAAGAAAAGCGAUAAAUAUUUUUUGAAAAUGAAAUCCCGGGAUUAUCGAAAAUCCCGGUUUCAUAAAUCCAAUCCAGUUUUUUUCGAUCAUGGUCCGGUAUUCCGGCAUUUUCGAGAGUCGGGAUCCCGGAUUGCGACCCCUACUAACAACUAACACAAAACAGUAACAAAUUUGCCACCAUUGAGUCACUAGGUACUUUGACACAAAUUUUAAAUAAUAUAGUCCGAUUGCCAUGAAUGAUAAAUCAUUUUAAAGGGCUAGCUAUAAGCUUUAUAACAACACCAAUUUCAUCUUUCUAUCUUUUAUAGAAGUGGAGUAAUGAUUUAAACAAAACAAUUUUGUCGAAUUUUGUAUGCCCCUUAUAUAAUCUAUAUAUUUUACCCCCAAAACGUGUGACCCAAAUUUCACAUUCUGCCCACAACGAAAGGCGGCAAUGCGUGUCCAUGUAUGUUUGACUAAAUGCUAUUCGGAUGUCAUUUGUGGUAGUUUAUUUUAGUUAAACUGAAGAAUUAAGUUUACAAACAUAUAGUCCAUUCAAUUAUCUUUCGUUUGAUACCUCAUUUUGUCUUACAAAUCCAACAAUAAUAUUUUAAAUAGUUUUUUAAUCCCAACCUCUCACUUCUGGUACCUGGGUGCAAAUAGCCACUUCGUUUCCAAAAUGCCAGCAAAUCAGCCUUGCUUAAAAUAUUAUAAUCAACAUGCCAAUGAAAAAUUAAUUUAAAAUAUUCCAUUGGCAUAUAAGUAUUAAAAAAAAGAAAGUUAACACUAGAAAAAGUCCAUGAAUAAACAAAAGGGAGAUAAUCCUACAAAGAAUCUUAAAGUGGUGCACAAAAUAUAACUUCACAGAUGCCUUAAAAUUAAUAUAGCAACAAAGCUGGCGGUCGUGGAAAAUAAAUAAUGCAAAAACACAGGGAAAUGAGAGAUGUGCUGAUUGUAAAUUUACCGCAAUAUAAAAUACAUGACAUCCCCUUGUGUAAAAAUAGUAUACAAAUAGCUUUUUACAAAAACUGCUCAUCAGCAUGAAAAGCUGUACAGAAAACAAUAAAAAGUAAUAAAAAAAAAAAAGAAAAAAAAAGGAUAAUUUAUAAUUUUUCAUCUUUUUUAUAAAUGUUUUUAAUGCAUGAAUAAAACAUGAACAGUCUCCCCUUUGCUGGUUACACAUGUAUCACAUCUUAUAGAUGAAAAUAGCUUGUUAUAAGUCCGUUUUUUUUCCAUUUUUCUCCUUUAAAUGUGUUUUAUAUUAAGAAUUAAGAUGCCUUAUAAUACCUUAUAGGUACCUAUUAUUUUAAAAAAAAUUAGUUUUGAUUGGAAAAGCAAACAGGUUGAUUGAAAUGUAGGUCAAGAUGUAUUCUAAGUGAAAUGGAGGAAAUAGCAUGUUAAAAGCAUUUAUUUAUUAAUGAAUUGACACUCUCAUAGAAAAGUUAAAAACACUGUUGUUUUUUCUUCUUCUUCUAUAUCUUAAGGGCCCACGAUCAAUUUAUUGAUCAUUUUGGCUCCUAUGCAUGUAGAUGGGAUUUGCAAUGUUUCUGUUACUGGUGGUGAUGAGGAAAUUAUGCACUAGGGGUUUGAAGGCUUGAGGCAAUAGACACAAAUGUGUCUAGUGUUGUCGCCUCAACUGUUCCUUUUGAAAGAUGGUUCCAGUCCCUGAUUUUUUUUUUUUGCAGACACCCAUUUUCGAUACAAAUUACAUAUUAGUCUCCCUUGUUUUAUUUACUGAAGUAACAAGAGUGAGCAUGGACAAUUAUGACAGUUCCGUGGCAAAUGCUGGAUUUAUUAUUACUAUAAACAUACUAUGGUCUAUAGCAUGGGAUUGAGUGGUUCCUAACCCUUAGGGCAGGCUAAUCACUUAUUUUAGUGUCAUUAAUUUCAUGUUUAGUAGGCCUACAGUAUAGUCUAUAGGCCUUUAACCAGUGAUCAUAUUUUAAUUUUAUUUUAUUUUCUCCCCUUUAGAAAUGGCUAUAAAUCACAUCCUCUUAUAAAUCACAUUGUCUGGAGGAUUAACUGUAAAAUCCGAGACUAGUUUGAUAAUAAUUUAGUAAUAUUUGUUUUUUAAAGUGAAUUUUAUAAUGAGUUUUAGUAGCCUAAAUAAUUUUGAAUUAAUAAAUUUGUUGGUUUUAUUGAUAUUGAUUAGACCUACUUUGUUGAUAACAAAUAAACACAGAGUAGAUAAAAAACGUGAAGAAGGACAAUACUGUACAAAAAGGCGGAUGUUUCCGCUAACGAGCCUUUGAGAGCAAUAAUACCUAGACAAACUUAGCUUAUAUAGAUUUUUAGUUGAUAGGAAAUGGUAGGCAUAAUCUAUCCCAGACCUAGUUGGAUUAGGAAUAGGGACCAACCUUUCAAAGUGGGAAAUAAUGCUCAAAACUGAAUUUUUUGCUUUAAGAUGUUGAAUUAAUAUAUUUUUCAGAACAAUUUAUCUUACCAAAAUCUGAAAGUAUUAUAAAUUACAUUUAAUAAAAUUUAUUUAAUACCAAAACUAAAACAAUAGUCCUAUUAAUUUUUUAUGAUAAGAAAGAAGCCACUACUAUUCUAAUUCCAAGCUCUAUCAUUCACAUGAUGUUGUCUUGGGUUAUUCAGCAGCAUGGAGAGAGGCGAUUUGCUAUGUAGGGAACCAGCUUAUCAUCUAAAAAGAAUGAUCACAAUGGUUCUUGCUUCGGUAGAGAAAGACACUAUUUGCAUAGAAGAGCCCAAAGCCUAUAAAUCAUGAAUUAUGUUGAUUCUUUAAAAAAAAUAUAGUAAUAUAUAUAUAUAGGUUACUUUAAUUGUUUUGUAGCUAUGUCACAAAAAUAUGUUUUUGGACUCGCUGAGCCCUUCUUUGAGUCAAUUUCUAUGGGGGAAGGACUAAGGCUUAGACCUACCAUAUGACUUACAAGUAAAUAGUGCUUAAAAAUAGUGUUGGGGGUGAGGAUUGCUGCUGUACCCCCUGAGAAGUGCAUGUAGAGCCUUUUCGGGCAUCAUGAAUCACAUGUUGGGAAGCACUGGUCUAUUAAUAAUAUAACUGUAAGUAAAGGCUAAAAGUAUAGUGGGAAAUUACUUAUAACUCCCUAUACUAAGCCAACAUUUUCAAAGAGUUAAAUUAUAUUAUUCCUCUCAUUGGUGAAUUAGGAUUUCAUACAUUGUACAUAAUCAUUAUGUCAGUAAUUCAAAAAUAGACAUUUCAUUUUUUUGUGUGUGUCCUUUUUCAGUUUUUUAUGUAAGAUGGAUGAGAAAUCAGAAGAGAAUAUUGCUAUAAUUGACUCUUCUAGUACCAGUCAAGUGGCAAGUUGUGAUGCAAAUGUUAUUAAACAGUCGCCUGAUGUGGAAAAUAGUGAUGGUUUGGCUAAAGAUUCAACUAACAAAGAUUGUAGUGAACAAAGGAGCACUGUCAUUAGGAAACCAGGUUAUGCACCUAUUAAAAAAGAGUAAGUCAUUUUCAUCUUGCUUCUAUUUUAAAUUAAGAUUUAACUUCAUUUCUAUAUUAGCCUACUUAUAAAUAUUAUCAUUUUAAAAUUCUUCAAGCCCAUUAAAGGUUUUUUUAAAUUUGAAGGAAAUAAAUAUCUUAUAAAAAUAAAUAAACUAAUGACAUAUUAGUUACCAUUUUUUGGUGAUAAUAUUCACCAAAGAUGGGUAUGAAAUCAAAUACUGAUUGAAUAGAAAUAAGGUGUGGAGUAAUUUUCCCUUGUAGCAUACAGCUCAAAAUAAACUAAAUAAAGUAUAAAGAAAUCAAUGUGUUCUAAACGAGCAAUUUCUUCCAGAGUGACCUCACUGGGCUCCCUAAUAUCAUAAUUUAAUGGGUUUUUUUUUUGUUUGGGGGGGGGGGUGGUUCUCUUAUUAAAGAAUUGGUUUUUCUUGUCAUUGUGUACAGCAGCAUCUAUCUAAAUCUGUUUAGAAGUAGUGUGUUUUUUUUCCUUUCUGUGAAACCUUUUCAGUAAAUAUAUUGGUCUGCCUAAAGCAGUACCGGUAACCAUAAAAAAAGUUUCGUAUCCUGCUUUUAAAAUUCAAAAUUAUGAAGCCUUUAUUUUAUUAUUAUAAAAACUUAAUAUAAAGUGAAAAUGCUGCUUUUGGCAAUCUUGUUAAUCCAGAACUUUCAUGACACAGCUUAAUGAAGGGUGUAACUAUAUUCAUUCUUUGAUUAGGGGAAUGAUUAUUAAUGAAACUAGCGUUAAUACUUUUAAAUUCCUAAAAAAUUAAUAAAAGUUAUAAAUAACUGUUUGCUAUAUCUUGUCCACUGGACUGACUCUUUAUUAAGAAAAGGUAAAAAUUAUGAAUCCCAUUUGAUGAAACUGUUUCCUGGAGCAAUGGCCUUCCAAAUAUGCGAUUUUAAGCCAGGUUGAAUAGUUGAGGCAAUAUUUAGUAGAUCCAAAGUAAACCUUUUGUUGCCUUAGAUUGCUUCCAAAAUUUGCAUAGAAAAAUUUGACAAUCUGUAAUCAAUUUUUGUUUCAUUCUAGAUUUCUUCUUCUUGACUACAAGCCAACUCUCCACGCUGAGUUUUUGAGCACAGAAGUUGCUCAAAAAUUGCAAAAUUUACAAAAAGAUUUGUCGGAAAAAGCUCAGAAAAGAUCGUUUGAUGAAGAUGAUGAGGAAAAAGAAGAACCACUAAAUAAGAAGGCAAAAUUAAAAGGGCGCAAUAAACACCGACCUAGGACUGAAAGGCUCCAAGCAAAAGAUAGAAUAUGCCCUUCAAUCAAAGCAAAUAAAGACUGCAGAUAUGGGGAUAAGUGUAAAUUCAACCAUGACAAGGAAGAUUUUGCUAAGAAAAAGCCUACAGAACUUGAAGGUUCUUGUUAUCUGUUUGAUAAUUUUGGCUGUUGUCCCUAUGGUAUAUCCUGCCGCUUUGCCAAAAACCAUCUCUCUGAAGACUUGAACAAUAUUGUAAAUGAGGAGCUGUUUGAAAAGAUGAAAGGUUUCAAGACGUUAAAUGAAUUAGGAGGGGACGUAAGAAAGAAGCUGUGGAAGAGAAAUUAUAAUUUUGCUAAGGCUGAUCGUGUCGUAAAAGAAGUUCAAAAAAAUUUUAGAGGCUGGGGUGAAGAUUCGGCUCCAGGCGAUUCUACCAAAGAAGGUAUUAAGAGUAAUUCAGUCAGUGUUUGUGAGAAUGUCAAGUCAUCAGCUGAUGUGUCUGGUGAACAGGCCAAUGUUGUCUCGGACUGCAGCACACAGAUGACUGCAACACAUGAGAGCGUUGCUCAUGAUAGUAACUUACCGGCCAGUGUUGUGCAGACUGGUGUAAAUGGUGACAGCAUUACUGUAACUAGUGCUGUACAAGCUAAUGAAAGUGUUUUAAAGAAUGAUAUAUCAUUGACAAAAGUGGUGAGUGACAGUCUCCCUCAGGUGGUUACAAUCUGUGAUAAAGCAACCGCAGCUGGUGGUAACACAACAUUGGGAUGCAUGACAGAUGAAGAAGUGAUCCGAUUACGUCCAUUGGAAAAAGUUAAGGUAAGUGCAUUUAGCUUUUAGUUUUCACUUGAAUGUAUUUGUAAUCAGUCUUAAAGUUGAUUAUAUAAUAUAUAAAUUAUCAACAUGGGUUUUUCAGUUGCAUUUGUUAAAGGGUUAACAAAAAUACAAUAGUUCUUAUCAAGUCCAUUUUAAAAUGUAAAACAUCAACAACGAAUGAUGGUUGAUAAAUGGAAUUACUUUUGUUUGAGUUUGGAUAGUCGUUAAGUCAUUCAAUGAUUUAGUUUUAACAACUUUAGAUUUGACAGAGACAACUACUUUGUUUAAAACAUGGGCAAGCCUCUCAAAAACAUUAAAAUAUCCAUUCUUUAGCAUUUUAGAUGUCGUCAAUGUAGGCUUGUCAACUCACAAUCAAAAUAUAGUAAUUUUUUAAAAUAAUGUUUUAUGUUAAUUAAUUGAAUUCUUUGCAGAUUAACUUCAAAAACAAAAUAUCUCUGGCACCAUUGACUACAGUAAGUGACUGAAUGCUGUUUUUGCUUACAUAUGUGUCUAUGGUUUUAAUUAACUUAUCUCGUUAUUAAAAACUGGUCUAUCCUUAUAGCAGGCCCUAUCACCAAAAUAUUUUUAAAAGAAACCUCUUCUUUUUGCUUUCGAGAGGGCAAGAGUCUUAGAAUAAUGCUUAUCAGAAGCCAUGUCCCUGCUACCAAAGCAUUUUUAGGCACCAAAAAUUGCAAAUGUAGCAGCUGCAACAGAUAUCCCUAUGUUUUUUUGAACUUGAUAAGUUCACUUUUCCUCUAGAAAUAUCCAGAAUCAAAGAUGGUUUUACUUGCAGAAGUCACAAUAUGAUUUACACUAACCCUUUUAAAAAGUGCCAAAAAUCAUACGUAUGGGAGACCGUAUGGGAGACCGUUUUAUAGAAAACCUGUACAACAUCAGUAAACGGGCCCUUUAUCCUUUUUCUAACCAUUUUAAUAUGCCAACCAUAGUGGAGUAUUAGACAUGACAGUUACUGGUAUAAUGGAUAUACCUGAUAGAAUGUAUAAAGGAAAACAGAUUAAUAAAUAGAUUUAGAACAUUGCCUACAAACCAAAGUCACAAUUUGACAUAUCUGUAAUGUCUUUUUCUUGUUUGGUUUUUAUGUUGUACUUCCACCCAAUAUCUUUCUAUCUUGUGAGCUUUGUUUUCGUUAGGGACUUGUGCCUAGUCUCAUUCUUUUCUUUUAUAUAUCAUUUUUAGGUAAAGGUGGGAUAUACAUAUAUAAUUAAUAUUAUAUUUGUAAUUAUAAUAUUAUAUUUAUAAUUAUAUUCAAGGUUUUUUUUUUGCUGUAGUGAUGAAAAGUUUGAAUUUGUAUUGUGUCUAAUCAUAAUUAAAGUUGUUAGAUGUCUUGAGGGUAAAGACAAGCCCAUUUUCGUCAUUUGCCACAUGUGAACAUUAACUUGACCAUUUGUUGCCAUUGUAGGUGGGGAACUUGCCAUUCCGUCGUAUCUGUAAAGGUUUUGGUGCAGAUAUCACAUGUGGAGAAAUGGCCCUUGUCACACAGUUGCUGAAAGCGAAGCAGUCGGAAUGGUCACUCAUUAAACGCCAUCCUAGUGAAGAUAUUUUUGGUGUCCAGGUAAUAACACACUAUUUUUGUAGUUUUUCUCACUAAACUCAAUGUUAUUUUUAACCAAAAACAUUAUAUUGUUGCUCUUUCUAAGUUUUUGUUACUCAAACAUGGUACUUUUCUUAAACAGAUUUGUGGUUCCUAUCCUGAUACAAUGACUCGGUGUGCUCAGCUUCUCACAGAAAACUGUCAGGUUGAUUUUAUUGAUAUCAAUUGUGGCUGCCCUAUUGAUUUGGUCUACAAAAAGGUCAGUGCCAGGUCCGUGCCUUCCACAUCCACAAUUAUAACAAUAAAAUAACCAGUAAUGGGGGUGAAUCCUAACGGCAAUAACUUCAUAGUUUAUUUCUUAAAAAGAGUAUAAGGGCCAAUCUCUAUUAAUGUGAAUUAUAUCUUUUCUAUCAUGAUUAUUGCACUAGCUUACGGAUCAAUGUAAUGAUGUUGAUGAUAUUGUCAUUUCCUAGGGAGGUGGCAGUGCUUUGAUGAGCAAGGCGACCAAGCUGGAACAGAUCUGUCGAAGUAUGAUUGGUGUCAUGGGAGACACGGCCCUGACUGUCAAACUUCGGACCGGGGUAUUUGAUGGCAAGAAUAUUGCUCACCAGAUCAUUCCACGGCUCAGGAACGCUGGCGUUUCACUUGUGACGGUAGGAAAUAUAAAUUCUUGCAAGUUUUUGUUCCUUCUAUUUUUUGUUUUAAAUUGGAUGAGCUUUCAAAGAUUAAGUCGAUCUCAGUUUCAUUGUAAAUCUCUUUAACUUAUUACUUUAUUUCUUAAGUCUUUGACAACAUGUUCUAGAAUAGAUUUUACAUUAUAAUAACAUUUGUAUAGUUUAUUUAUUACAGGUUCACGGGCGAUCAAGAGAGCAGCGCUAUACUAAACAAGCAGACUGGGAUUACAUUGCAGAGUGUUCAGCUGCUGGAGCUCCCAUGCCAGUCUUUGGUAUGUUGUUUUUCUGAGUGAUAACCUGUUAUAUUUUAAGGGUAAAUAAAGAUAACAUUGGAAGAAAAUGUAUGUCAAAUAUAAAAAAAUUGGAUUUUUGAAUUCCAGGAAAUGGAGAUGUGUUGACUUAUGAAGAUGCAAAUUUUCACAUGAAGCAGAGUGGAGUGAGUGGGGUAAUGGUGGCCAGGUAAGUUCUCAUCAGAGUGGAGUAGGGUAGUGUUGUCCGGUUAAAGUUCUCUUCAGAAUGGGGUAAUGGUGGCCAGGUUAUGUUCUCAUCAGAACUACGUGAGUUGGGUAAUGGUGGCCAGGUAAAGUUCUCAUCAGAGUGGGUUAAUGAUGCCUUCUUCAGUAGACAAGACAACAAAGAAUAGCAAAUUAAAUAAUAAUACUCAGCCAUAAUAUGUUAUAAGCAAAUAUCUGUGUUAUAUAAGUUAUAUACAUAAUACUGUAUGUUUAUUAAUUUUUUAAGUCUUUUUUCUUACUAUUAUGGCAUGUGUGUAGGCCUAAUUUUAGUGUUGUGGCCACCACCACUUGUCUUCCGUUUGUUUUGUUUUGAUAGUGACGUCUCUGAGUAGAUGUGUUGUGCUACUCCUUUUACCCACCCAUCCCUUGAUUGGAAAAAAGGUUGUUUAUGUCCGAAUAUGUUGUAUUUCUUCUUAAGAAUGCUAACAGGUGAGGCAAUUUCUAGAAUUUCUUUAUUAGAUGGUUUUUAAAGGUUUGAAUUUUAAGAAGAAACUUUUUUUUCUUUAGUACUAUAUUGCUUCUACUUGCAUACUGUUGCAUGGAGGGCAGGUUACACACUCUUCUGGCAUUUUUCUGGCCUAAAUUGAGAGAUGGUCAGCUUAUGAAUGAACGGGCCAUUGUCAAAUUCUUAUUGCAUACAUUUACAUUGUCUUUUAAAUACACCCAUCCAUCCACAAUUGAUUACUAUGUUUAGAGACUAAUGCUUGAUGUGGCUUUGAAUCAAUGUAUUUUGUUUUUCAGGGGAGCCUUAAUAAAACCCUGGAUAUUUACAGAGAUCAAAGAGCAAAGACAUUGGGACAUAUCAUCUGGGGAGAGGAUGGACAUCCUACGUCAAUACACCAAUUAUGGCCUGGAGCACUGGGGAUCUGACCACCAAGGAGUGGAGAAUACGAGACGUUUCUUACUGGAGUGGUUAUCAUUUUUAUAUAGGUAGAACAUUGUAUGUAUAUAAAAUGGUAUUUAGAGAGUCCAAACCAAACCCUUACAAUUUUAUUUCUUUUAUUUUUAAAAAUUGUUGAAACAUUAAAAAACUUUUUUUAAAAAUCAUGUUUCAGGUACAUUCCUGUUGGCGUUUUGGAAGUUCUUCCUCAGCGUAUUAAUGAACGUCCGCCUUACUAUGUUGGUCGUAAUGACCUUGAGACUCUAAUGGCUAGUGCUAACUGUGCAGACUGGAUUAAAAUUAGGUAAAUUUUGUCAAUAACCUUCAAUCUGUAUUUUUAAAAACUUAUUAUUAUAGUACUAGAAGAUAUGACCUGGUGUUACCGGCAUUAUAAUGGAAGGCAUAUUGCAUUACCUCCUACAUACUAUUCCAAAGGACUCAAUAUUUCAAAAUCCAUUUUAAAAUAUGUAACUAAACCUGGUUUUUAGGUAUUUUAUCCUAAAAAAUGAAUUUGAAGCAUUUUUCCAAGCCAUUGAAAUAUGAAUUUAGGAAGUUUAAAUCAGACUUUCCUUAUUUUUAAUGAAGUAUCUAUGUAUAGAUGUUUACGUUUCUAACAUCAUUGGAUUUAAAACAAUAUUUAUGUUAUAUAUAAAAUAGCCUAUCCAACCCUGAAUUGUGUUGACUGAAGAAGAUGGAAUAAAUUAUUUCAUUACUUUUGAAACUAUCGAUAUUCAAUUUCCGGGAUGUAACAUACUUGGGAUUUGAGUUAUUCUAAAAAUUCUAUUGUCCCACCCUUCUUACCAUGCAACGUUAACAUUGCUUUAAAAAAUAGUUCAACGCAUAUUUACAUUUAUAUUUAAAGAUUAUGGUUAUUAUUUUUAUAGUCAAAUACUUUUAAAGCUUAAAAUCUGUAACAUAAUGGGCUUUGGAGAUUUUGAUAUUACUAUAUACCCCCUCCUCCCACCAAAUUUCUGUCGCCCUUAAAUUAAAAAAGGAAAAAAACAAAAUAAUAAGCUUAAGUACAUAGAUCAAAAUUAAUAUUAUAUUUAUUUUCAAAUUUUCACAUACGUUUGAAAAUUAUUGCAAGAUAAUAUUUAAUUUUCACACAAUUAAAAAAAAUAUUUUGUGAUCAUCAUUGUCUCAUUUUAAUUAUUUUUUUUUAAUGGCAAGUUCCAUUUUUCUUCCUUUACAAAUUUAGUAAAUUUCAAAUUCUUUUGUUUGAAAAAAGUACAACUUGUUAAAUGUUAAUGAUACAAGCUUAAGUUUUGUGUGGUAUGUUAAAACAAUGGUCCGCAAUUUUAAUUCAGUUAUUUUCAGAUUAUUAUAAAUUGGUUCAUUGGGCUCAAGCGAAAAUUUGAAUUUGAUACUGUAUGUGGUUAUUUGAGCCAUUAAUAUAAAUUUUAAAUUUAAUUUCGCAAUAAAAAAACAUUCUGAUUACAAUAGAAUAGAGUUUUCAAUAAAUUUGCUUACAAAUUAAUUAUCGUAACACAUAGAUCAUCAGUGAGUUGUAAUAAUAAAGAAUGUCACAUUCAGAUAACAUGCUUAUGUAAUUAUUUAAUUGUUAUAUUAAAUUGUUUCUACAAUAAUAAUUGAUUGGAUUUCCAUAAAGUUAAAAAAGUGACUGCAGUUUUUUUAAGAAUACCAAUUAGAUUGAGGAAUUUUACCUUGCACACACUUUUGCACUUUGUUUGGUGCAGUAAUAGUAAUAGAAAUUUUUUACCGUGGUCUCUAUUGAACUCAGCACACAUGAUGACAUCAGCACGCAUGUUGACAUCAGCUUAUUCUUUUCUAUAUAGCAAUAAUUUAUUUUGUAUUUGUUGUCUUAUUAUGCUGCUUAAGGUUGGAGAAUUUUAUUUUUUUAUUUUAAAAUAUAACAAAUAACUAUCUAAAGGUUGACAAAGGUUAUAAAAUAUGGUAAUGAAGAAUAACCCAUCUUUUAGAUUUGGAUUAUAAAUGGACAUUUACAGAAAGGGGGGGGGGGAAUGUUUAUUAUGUGUCCUUCGUAAACUCAAAUUUUAUCUACCGUAUAAUACCAUGUCUAUUCUGAGAAAUAUAGUGUAAAAUAUGCCACUUGAAACGAGGGUUUCACAUUAUAUGCGAGUGUACGAAAUAUUUCAUAAGCGGUAAAUGAUCAAUUCUAAAGUCUAUGCAACUUUUCUUCUUGGCCCGCUUGCAUUAAAAAAAUAAUGAACCUUAUCUUAUCCCUUUUUGUUUUUUACUUUCACCUGAAGACAGUGGCAAAACAUUCAUUAUUGAAAUUACCUUUCUACAUUAUCAUUCGGGGUCUAAAAAAAAUUGUAAUAUGACUCAGAAUGUGAACGAACAGAAGUGGAAUCAUUUUCAUUAAAAGUAUAGAGAAAUACAUUUUUUUUUUUCUACUUGAUGUGGUGAAUUCUUUUGAAAAUAUGUUUGAACAAUCCCAGCACAGGAAAUAUGUUUGAACAAUCCCAGCACAGGAAAUAUGUUUGAACAAUCCCAGCAGAGGAAAUAUUUUUGAACUAUGACAUCACAGAAACAAAAUGAACAAAAUCUGAAAAAUGUUCAAUUCUAGAUAAGAUCAGUCUGAGCAGUAAGGGACUGGCAUAAAAAUUGAUAUAAUGCUGACUAAUUUGAGCACAUGUGCAACCUCUUACACAGUGAUUAGGAAUACUGGAUAUGCUGGCAAUUAAAUUUCCAUGAUUUGUAUAUUUUAUUGACCUAAUUCAAUGACUUAUUUUUUUUUUUCCAGUGAAAUGCUUCUAGGACCGGUUCCAGCCAACUUUCACUUUCUUCCAAAGCAUAAGGCUAAUGCCUACCAGUAAAACUGAUGGAAAAGUUCAAUUAAAGUCUGGCAAAGAAUGAAAAUCAAGAAAGUGGAAAAUUGGCAAAAAUUCUGAUAUCCUGAGUCAUCAAAAGUUGAAAAGACAUAGCGGCCAAAUGAGCCAAUGAUAUAACUGAAUGACACAAGUCUGAGAUAUAUGUUGCUAUUUAAUUGUUUAACUUCAUGUAGACUCACACAUAAUUCUUCAUUUAUAAAUCAAUGUUGAUGUAACUUUUACCGUUGUUCUUUAUAGGAACACGUGGCUCUUUUUUUAAUGUAUUUGUGUUUUAAAUAAAAAUCCUUGGCAAUUCACUUCACUGCACAUUAUUUUCUCAACACUUUUGAAACAAUGCAACUCAUUGAUCCGACAUCUUAUGCCUUGAUGCCUUUACCUUCAAUCUGAGUGUUGGCGUCAACAGCAAGUUAAGCAGUUGUCGGUUUCCAUUCAAUGUUAUUUAAAUGGAAACCUAAGAUUUGUGAAUGUUUCUUGGUUUUAAUCUAGGUCUCCAUUAACUUGCAUUGUAUUAAAAUGAUAUUCAAUGACAUGAGGACUUUAAAAUAAAAGAGUUUUAAAA